UUCAUAGUCUAAAGAAAUAAAUAUUGGAUGGAUUAGGUAGAUAUGAAAAACAAGUAGUUGUUAUCAACAGGCCAGUCCAUUACAUAACUCUUUCAGCAACAGUAUUAAAAUACAGAUCUUUUAGUUAAAUAUUCUUAAACAAUAUGAAUCGUAAUAUAUCUUCUUUUGAGAGUCUUCUCAGAGAAUCUUUGAAAGAUUCUCAAUUAGAAGAAAUUUAUAGAAUCUUGUAUGGUAAAAAAUUAAGAACAUUAAGUAUAACCGAACCAGUUUACAAACCAGACCCUGACUCAAGUUUCGACAUUCAAGGAUAUGUUUUUGAAGCCAAGGAAGAACAGUUGAGACAUAAAAGGAUCGUUCGUGUUGGACUUAUCCAGAAUAAGAUUGCAGCAGAUACAACUGCAUCUGUAGAAGCUCAAAGAGAAGCCAUUUACAGAAAAGUUCAAAUCUUGAUAGAUUGUGCUGGUAUAAAUGGAGUUAACAUAUUAUGUUUACAAGAAGUAUGGCCAAUGCCUUUUGCAUUUUGUACAAGAGAAAAAUCUCCUUGGUGUGAAUUUGCUGAAUCGGCUGAAGACGGACCAACAACUAAUUUUUUGAAGCCUCUGUGCCAACGCCACAACAUGGUGAUUGUGUCCCCCAUUCUUGAGAGAGAUAGAAAUAAUGUGAUUUGGAACACAGCUGUAAUAAUUGACAACUAUGGUCAAGUUUUGGGGAAACAUAGAAAAAACCACAUUCCUAGGGUUGGUGAUUUCAAUGAAUCGACGUAUUAUAUGGAAGGAGAUACAGGGCAUCCAGUUUUUGAAACUGAGUUCGGGAGAAUAGCUGUCAAUAUAUGCUUUGGGCGACAUCACCCUUUGAACUGGAUGAUGUUUGCUAUCAAUGGUGCCGAAAUCGUAUUCAAUCCCAGUGCAACUGUCAAAGAUUUGAGUGAACAUCUUUGGAGGAUUGAAGCUCGCAACGCUGCUAUUGCAAACCAUUAUUUUACGUGCGCUAUUAACAGAGUUGGAAUUGAAAAAUACCCUCAUGAAUUUACAUCAGGCGAUGGUCAGCAGGCACACACUGAAUCUGGACAAUUUUAUGGAUCAAGUUAUGUUACUGCCCCUGAUGGAACAAGGACUCCUGGAUUAUCUCGACUAAAAGAUGGGUUGCUGAUCGCAGAACUGGAUCUCAAUUUAAACAGACAAGUUUCUGAUACUUGGGGAUUCAAGAUGACACAGCGACUACCUAUGUAUGUAGAAGCUCUCACAAAAGCUAUACAGAGUAACUACGAGCCUCAAAUCAUUAAGAGUAAUCACUAAUCGUAUAAAAUAUGUUAUAAAUGUGAAUACUUAAAAGUUUCAAUAAUGCAUAAAAUGUAAACAUGUGUUAAAAAAUGACAAUAAGAGUCAUAAAUAAUUGUGUGAACUAUGUUAUAAAUAUGAAUACUUAAAAGUUUCAGUAAUGGAUAAAAUGUAAGCAUGUGUUGGAUAAUAAUAUUAAGAGUCAUAAAUAAUGGAAUAAACUAUGUUAUAAAUAUGAAUACUUAGAAGUUUCGAUAAUGAAUAAAAUUUACAUUAUUUAUGUGUUGUGUUGAAUAAUAGCAAUAAGAGAAUUGUAUAAAAUAUGAAUGCUGAAAAGUUUCAAUAAUGAUUAUAAUGUAAGCAUGUGUUGAAUAAUAA